AUGCUGCAUGUUUGGCAGUUCUCCGGGCAAGCCUUAGCGGUGGUUCCGAUUGAGGAUGUGUCAGACGUGCGAACCUUGAAGCAACAUCUCCAGAGCCUCUGUGGGCUGCCGCGAUUCAGGCAGAGGCUUCUUUGCAACGGCACCUGCCUGGAUGACCACGUCAGCUUGCCAUCGCCGAUGCACCUUCAGCAUGUAGCUCUGCCCUUCUCCAGCGUGUCACAACUUGAAAUCGAGGAGCUAAAAGCUGCAGCUGAGAGUGGCGACCUGGACCAGGUCGAGGACAUGCUACAGAAAGGUCAGGAUCCUGACUUGAUUGCGCUUGAGGACCACACGCCGCCUCCGCAGCCCACACCGCACACGCCCCUUGCCCUCGCCUCGCGCGCGGGUCAUGAUGAGAUUGCCGAGCUGCUGCUGGAAGCAAGCGCUGAUCCAGAUAAGACGAGUGGAAUGGGGGGAGCAGAUUUGACUCACGGAGUAACCCCACUUGGAUUGGCCUGUGAAGCCGGCUGCCUGGAAGUUGCACGCCUGCUCUUGGAUUCCAGGGCCGAACUAGAGAAGAGUUCUGGAAAGUAUCAGCGAAGGCCGCUGGCAACAGCUUCUCAUGCGGGCCAUGUCCCGGUGGCACGUUUUCUGCUUCAAGCACGUGCCGACAUGGAGGGCACAUGUGGGUUGUCUCCCCCGCCUCUUGCUGCAGCAUUUGGCCGGCAAGGACGCAGAGCCUUUGGCCAUGUGCACAUGGUGCGGUUCUUGCUGGAGGCCCGCGCAGAUGCGAACAGGACAUUUGGACCCAACAGCGACACGCCGCUUGGAUUAGCCGUAGGGAUCUGCCACAUGGGCAUAGCCACCCUUCUGUUGCAGGGCCGGGCAGACAUGGAGCAGAAGUUUGGAUCCCAUGGCCACACACCCCUCGGCUUGGCUUCUCGUGCAGGGCACCAUGAGAUGGUCCGGCUUUUGCUGGAGGCCGGAGCCGACAUAAGCCACGAAUCCAGCCGUUCAAGAAGCCGGCCCCUUGCUCUGGCAUGCAGUCAAGGCAACGACUACGUUGCCAAGCUGCUUCUGGAGGCCCGGGCAGAGAUGAGUGACACGCUCUUGGGAGAAGCAUCAGAGAAGUGUCACACGCUUGUUGUGCCCCUGCUGCUCAGCUAUCGAGCGAACCCGAACCACCAGUUGGGGCGCGCCAGCGACUCACCGCUUGGUGCGGCAUGUCGCCAGGGCCACGGUCUUGACAUUGUGCACAUGCUCUUAGACGCCCGUGCUGACAAGGAUGCUCGAUUUCGCCCACAGGGUGACACUGCCCUUGGCGUUGCAGCACGCGAUGGCCGCCUCAGGGUUGUCCACAUUCUCCUCGAGGCCAGGGCGGACGUUACCAAGAGGUUUGGACUCAGCGAUGAGACGCCGCUGAGCGCGGCAAAGCAGGGAAGAACGAAAGACCACCAAGCGAUCGUCCGCUUGCUCACGGAGAUGCAACCAUGA